UUUCAGAACUCAAACACCAUAGAGCCUUCUUCAGCUUCAAGUACACGCCCCUUUUGAUCCCUGGAUUUUCGGAGUAGAAGUGGAGUACAGUGAUCUGAAUUUAUCUUUUAGCUUAAAUCAUUGACUGGUUUUAUGCUUGGCUUCAAAGAUGAUGCAUGAUCAUAGAAAAAAGUCCUCUGUAGAUGUAGAUUUCUUUACAGAGUAUGGUGAAGGGAGUAGAUACAAAAUAGAGGAAGUAAUUGGCAAAGGAAGUUAUGGUGUUGUUUGCUCUGCAUAUGAUACACAUACUGGAGAAAAGGUUGCAAUAAAGAAGAUAAAUGAUAUAUUUGAACAUGUCUCUGAUGCUACUCGCAUUCUUCGGGAGAUCAAGCUUCUUAGACUCUUACGCCAUCCUGAUAUUGUGGAGAUUAAGCAUAUUUUGUUACCUCCUUCUAGAAGGGAAUUCAAGGAUAUAUAUGUUGUUUUUGAACUAAUGGAAUCUGAUUUACAUCAGGUCAUCAAAGCAAAUGAUGAUUUGACUCGAGAACAUUACCAGUUUUUUCUUUAUCAGCUUCUUCGAGGCUUGAAGUAUAUACACACAGCAAAUGUUUUUCACCGAGAUCUAAAGCCGAAAAACAUUUUAGCAAAUGCCGACUGCAAAUUGAAGAUUUGUGACUUUGGUCUUGCUAGAGUGGCUUUCAACGAUACACCAACUGCUAUAUUCUGGACUGAUUAUGUUGCUACAAGGUGGUAUAGAGCUCCUGAGUUGUGCGGAUCCUUUUUCUCCAAGUAUACACCAGCAAUAGACAUAUGGAGCAUUGGCUGCAUUUUUGCAGAACUAUUAACUGGAAAACCUCUUUUCCCUGGGAAGAAUGUUGUCCAUCAAUUGGACCUCAUGACUGAUUUUCUCGGGACACCAUCUCAUGAAGCCAUAGCUAGGGUAAGGAACGAGAAAGCUCGGAGAUACUUGAGCAGCAUGCGUAGGAAGAAACCAGUUCCUUUCUCCCAGAAGUUUCCUAAUGCAGACCCCCUUGCCCUUCGUUUGUUAGAAAGAAUGCUGGCAUUUGAGCCUAAGGAUCGACCUACUGCUGAUGAGGCUCUAGCUGAUCCAUAUUUCAAAGGCUUGGCCAAGGUUGAGAGAGAGCCUUCUGCUCAGCCAGUUACCAAGAUGGAAUUUGAAUUUGAGAGACGCAGGAUAACAAAGGAAGAUGUACGAGAACUCAUAUACCGAGAGGCUUUGGAGUACCAUCCAAAAAUGUUAAAGGAACAUCUAGAGGGAGCAGAGCCAACAGGUUUCAUGUAUCCGAGUGCUGUUGACCACUUCAAGAAGCAAUUUGCAUAUCUCGAGGAGCAUUACGGAAAAGGUGGAACUGUUACUCCACCUGAAAGGCAACAUGCAUCAUUACCCAGGCCAUGUGUACUAUAUUCAGAUAAGUCGAAACCGAAUGUAUGUGAGGUUGCAGAAGAUCUCUCCAAGUGUAGCAUCAAAGAAAGUGAGAAGCCAGCCAUAGAUAGGAAUGGUGUUAUCCCGUUGACCAAGCCUCCUUUACAUGCUCCUCAAAAUAUUCAAGGCAUAGCUGCCCGGUCUGGGAGAGUUGCUGGUUCGGCGUUGAAUUACAACAACUGUGGGGUAGCAGUGACAGCAGAGGCUGCUCAGCGGAGGAUGGUUAGAAAUCCACCUGUAUCGACACAAUAUGCUGCUUCUAGCUGUUCAUAUCCUAGAAGAAACCCGAGCUGUAAAACCGAAAGACCAGAAGACAAUGGUAUUGAAGGUUCUAACGGACUUCAACCGAAGCCUCAAUACAUGGCACGAAAAGUUGCAGCCGCUCAAGGUGGAGCUGGUGGUCAUUGGUAGAGGUUUUACGUGUAAUUUGUGGCCAACCACUGCCUUAUGCCAUGCGAGCUGAUAUCCGGGUUCUUGUCCCAUUCCUGAACCAAGAUCAAUCAUCUUGAUUGAACAAAAGGUUUGAUUGGCAAAACCUUGAACUGAAUCUGGGUGGUACUGAAAUCACUGGCAGAAGUAUUCUCAGAUCUUAAAGCACGAUGCUUCACCAAUAUGAGGUUUGGAAGGGGGGUUUCUAUUAUGAUGAGUUUGUUGCUCUACACUUGAUUAAUAAAAGAGAAUACGAAGCAUGAAAUGGAAGCAGUGCAGUUGCUGCCCACAAAUUUGUGGUGUUCUCUACUGAAUAGAUAUAUAAAUUAUAAAGUGUAUUAGCCUUGAAAUUUUGGGCAUCGUAACAAUGAUAUAUUGUAGCCGUUUAACUUUCCUGCUUUUGGUCAGAAUAAUCGUUCUCCCUUGAAAUGUCUUCUAUUCUCUAUAAGCUGAAUGAAUGGUCAUAAAACUAAGCGAACUUGGAAAUGCUUAA